GGAGCGAAGGCGGACUCUAGAGGGCAGCUGGCAUCGGGGUUGGUCUAUCCUUCCCUCCCCUGGGCGGGGAAGCAAGAGGCGGCCCCAAGCGUCCACUGCUGGCGUGCGGCGCUACUAGGAGCCUCUUGAACCGGGAGGUGCAGCGAGCCUGGGAAGCCACGUCGGUGUUUCCUCUGGCAAGGCGCGGCUGGCUUGGGCGAUGACCGACACGCUGCUGCCUUCGGGCUGCCGGGCGGCGGAGCAGCCGCGGGACUGCUACUUCCGAAAGGGAUGCAACCCUCUAGCAGAGACGGGUCGGAGCAAACUGCAAAAUCAAAGAGCCGUCCUGAAUCAACAGAUAUUGAAGGCGGUGAGGAUGAGAGCUGGCGCUGAAAACCUUCUCCGUGCAACAACAAACAACAAAACAAGAGAGCAGGUGCUUUUGGAACUGAGUUACGUGAACUCGGACCUGCAGAUCCUGAAGGAAGAGUUGGAAGGACUGAACAUCUCGGUUGAAGUCUAUCAGAAUACUGAACAGGCGUUUAGCAUUCCUCUGAUCCCGCUUGGCUUGAAAGAGACCAAAGAUGUCGACUUCGCCAUGCCCUUGAAGGAUUUCAUUCUGGAGCACUACAGUGAAGAUGGUUCUGGAUAUGAAGAUGAAAUAGCAGAUCUGAUGGAUUUGCGACAAGCAUGCCGUACUCCCAGCAGAGAUGAGUCUGGAGUUGAGAUGCUGAUGAGCUAUUUUCUUCAAUUGGGCUUUGUGGAAAACAGAUUUUUCUCACCAAGCAGACAUCUGGGGAUUUUAUUUACCUGGUAUGACUCUUUCACAGGAGUCCCCAUCUGCCAGAAGAAUCUGUUGCUUGAAAAAGCCAGCGUCUUGUUUAACAUAGGAGCUCUCUACACACAGAUUGGCACGAGAUGCAACCGGCAGACGCAGGAGGGGCUCCAGAAGGCAAUCGACACUUUCCAGAGAGCCGCAGGAGUUCUUCAUUAUCUAAAAGAGACUUUCACCCACACUCCGAGCUACGAUAUGAGCCCCGCCAUGCUAAGUGUGCUGGUCAAGAUGAUGCUUGCUCAAGCUCAAGAAUGCAUCUUUGAGCAGAUCUGCCUUCCCGGGAUACGGAAUGAGUUUUUCACACUAGUGAAACUGGCCCAGGAAGUUGCUAAGGUUGGAGAAUUCUACAUGCUUGUUAACACAGCAAUGAAUCAAGCGCCGGUCAAGGAGAACAUCCCUUACUCUUGGUCGAAACUGGUCCAAGUCAAGUCGGAUCACUUCAGAGCUUUGGCACAUUACUUCAUUGCCACAAUUCUGAGCGACCACCAACUGAGUCAGAAUGACGAUGAAGAUCAGCAGGAAAAAGCCUUCUCCCAGCUCUAUGACCACAUGCCUGAAGGCUUGACCCCUUUAGCUCUUUUGAGGGACAGAGAUCAGCGCAAACAACUGGGAAAAGCCCACUUGCGGAGAGCCCUCGUUUAUCACGAAGAAGCUUUGCAGGUUUGUGCCUUGUGCAAAAAACUUCGAAACAUAGAGAUCCUCCAGGAGAUUCUGUCCGUUGCGCACAAGCGUUCCUGUCUCAAAUAUUCACAGCAAGAGCAGGAAGACGAUUUUCUGAGUUUGGUGCAGGCUCCUGAUAUACUUCCUAAGACAGACCAUAAAAUUGAAAUGAUUCCUCCCCAGUUCUCCAAGGUGAAAGUGAAAGACUUCUUUGAAAGGCUGGGCCCAUUGACAGUGUUUUCUGCAAAGCAGAGGUGGACUGCUCCUCGCACUGUUAAUUUCUACUGUGAAGCUGGCAGUCUUGGAUUCACCGUGAAAGGAGGACCCCCAGUACACAUCUACUGUCUUGAUCCAGCUUGUCCUGCAGCAUCAGCUGGUUUGAAAGAAGGCGAUUGUCUGGUUUCCAUUGAAGGUGUGGAUUGUAAGUGGCUGGGAGUGAGUGAAAUCUUGGAAAAAUUAAAAAACCUGAGAGGGCAGGAUGUUGAGAUCCAAGUCAUUAGUUGCCAAGAUACAACAGCAUCCAUGUAUAACAAAAGCGCAACGUACUCUGUGGGGAUGCAGAAAACCUACUCGUUGAUCUGCUUGGCCAUGGAAGAAGAUAAAAUAGACACGACCAAAAAAGUGACUCCGAAGCUGUCUUUCCUGAGCUGGGGGUCAAAGAACAGGCAGAAAGCGGCCAGCACGCUCUGCCUCCCCUCUGUUGUGACUGGAAACUCUUCAGCAAAAAAGAAACUUGGAUCUCCCUUUACGCUCCUGAGCUCAGAAGGGUCAUUGUACUGAGAAUGGACAAGAAGGUUUCUUUAUCAUCUGGAAGGUUCCCUCCCAAAAAACUAUGAUAUAGACCUGAAAUGUAGCCAUGUAAAUCUAGAGUCAUUCUGCUGAAUGGCACUGCUGACUCAACUCUGGCCCAGUCUGUGUCAUCUCUAAAGAUCCUGUUUUCUGGAGAAAAAGUAGAUGGGAGAACAUUGAGAACCCUGGGCAGAAAAGAAAUUGUCUUUAACUGCUACUGGCUUUCUGACUUUUCCCGCUCUAUAAAGUUUGUCAUAAUUCUCUUGUAAAAUAUAUAUAUAUAUAUAGGCAAAACUGUUUAUAGAAUAUUUUCAUAAGCUACAUGGUUGGGGUGGGGGGAAAUGAUGAAGGAUUCUUAAUAUGUAACCUGUAUUAUAGAUCAAUGUAUAAUUGCUGUCAAUGGUAGCAGUAACUUCAGUGACAGGUGGACAUAGGAAAAUUAUUCGGUAUUGUGGCAAAGAACUAGAGGCCAGUCUAGACCAUUGCUGGGGCCAACUGACAGCAGCAAUAAGGUAUGAAAAACUAGCACCUAAGACGUUGAUAAUCGUUUGACGCUUAACCCAACCACCCUCCUGGAUAGGCCUCAGCUACAUAUGGCACUGGGACUUCUGUUAAUGGAUUUCUCAGGUGUUUUCUCUCUCUUACUGUCAUGUGUGCAAGGACCCGAUUACAGUCAGGACUAUGAAGGGAGAUAGGAUUUUAACAAUGCGUUUCUAAGCAGAGUUACACCCUUCUGUGUCCAUUGUGCUCAACAGGUUUAAAAGGGUGUAACUUGUUUGUUUGCUUCAUUUAUAUUCCCACCUCACAUAACCCCAUGUCCCCGCCUAGGGUCGCCAUUGGCUGUGUUCACAGAAUGCCUAAAAUUGCAGGUAACUGACCCCACUCCCCCGAUGGAAUCAAAUUCAACUGAAGUUGCCUUAAGAUAGUGCAAAGACUUAAUGAAGCAUGGAUUAAUAAAUCUACACUUGAAGGAAGUGCUCACCUUGACUGCCUUUUAAAUGUUGCCCACAGAGCCAUCUUUCUAUGGAUUCACUGUAUAGGAGUGGUAUAUAGUAUUUAAAAGGCUACAUGAUGCCAGUUUCCUGGGGGGAAGACUCCUCAUUAUCUGCCCUGCCCACAUGGUUGUGGGCCUUUAAACCCCCCGUGAGAUGGAUGCCACCAGGAAGCAGCUUCUCUGGUGCUGUAGCAAGGGGUUGUCUAGUUUAAAAAGAAUGUCUUUUAACUCAUCCUGAAAGCGGCCCUAAGAUUUUACAUUUAAUCUUCAUCUCAGUUGCACACUGGUGUAAUUCUUUAUAGCUGAACAACUAAUGUAAAUACAGAAGCUUGUGGAGGCAUUUUAAAGCUAAGAAUGGUACGUUGGAAAUUUGAUGACAGGCUUUGUGGAUAUUAAUGGGCUGGGAAGAAUAGAACAGAUCACACACCACAUCAGCUUGGAAAAUUCGUGGCACUGCAGCUUUUAAAUGGCUCCCACCAAUGGAUUGACAGAAGUUCUGUUCCAAAGAGCUUACAGCAUUAUUAACUCCUUUAAAAAAUUUAGGAAGUGAUCAGCUAAUUGAGAAACUGAGAUGAUUAUUUUUCUGUGAAGGGUUUUUGUUUUUUUGAAAAAAUGAUUGCUGUAUAGUUUAUUCAUUUUAAAGUUACAGGUUGCUAACACAGUAGUGUUAGUAUGAAAUACUGUCUACAGGGUAGAUCUUAUGAUGUUUGAUACUCAAAAUAUUUUAAGUGAAUGAAAGCCUAACUCUGUUGUGGGAAAAUUAUCCUCCUGGCUUUGGUGGAGUUAGGAUUGCUUCCCUUGAUGGGAAAUGUGAGAUGUUCCAAGUCGAAGUACGAGAAAGAGGCUGGGGCUUCACCUUUUACAUUCAUCUGUGUUUCUUUUUAGGAUUUUGUGUUUAUAUGCAACAGAUGUAAAUAGAUACAUUUUAAAGUUUAUUUAAGAACGAGUCCUGCAGCCAUCUUCUGGUGAGACAUAACUUGGGUUUCCCCCCUCCAUAUUAAUAUAGGCAAGGAUGAAACGGUUUAACUGGAUGUUUUAGAACACAGACUUAAACUUACUUUAUCCCUACCCUUUUGUGAAAGGAGAAAUCCUGUAAUUUUUUUUCAUUGUGCAAUAUCUGAAUUAACAUUGGAAUCAACCUUAGCACAUAAUAAUAAUAAUAAUAAUAAAAAGUGUAGCAAGUCAUGCA